AUGACAAAGGAGGGGGAACAUCCGUUUGCAAAACGAAAACUAACGCAUGCGUUGAACGCAUCCGUCGCCUCUCCCACAGGUGCACUACAAUGUCAUGAUGAUGAAGCACAAAAUGCUCAGAAGCCAAACACAAUGGGUGUUCAAAGUCAUGUACGAACUCCACCAACAAAGAAGACUAAAACUUGGUCGUCUCCGGCCAAGAGGAGAAAGAAAGUGAACCCAAGGAUUGCCCAUUUCGAUCGAAAUCAGCGGGCUGUUGAUGACAUAAGCAAAAAGGCAUUCAAUCCUUUGGAUGACUGUGUGAUCUGCCAUGCAAAAGAAAACGAUCUCCGUGUUCCACAUCGACCCCAUGACGUCCGUUGCCCAGGGCUUUUGAAAAAUAGUCAAGGAGAAACGAAGUAUGAAAAAGAUCUUAGGAACUACUUCAACGCCCCAAUGGAAAAUCCAGAGAAGGAAAAAGAGCUUACUGGAGGUGGGACCCCAAGCGUGCAAUUGUACUAUUCUGGGCCGACUAUGACAAGAAGAAGGAAGGCUCUCGCUGCUGGAAAACUUCCUGCACAGGCUCAAGCCACCACAGUUCAAAAUGGGAAAGCAUCUGAAGAAAUUCUGGCUCCAAAUAGCUCACCACUGGAGGUUGCGAAGUUCUUGGAACGCCGUGUUGCAACAAGGCUUCAAGGAAAAGAGGCACCGUCAGAGCAUAAGGCUCCUCCUGCCAUGUUGGCGCUGGCACAGGAGAUCAUGGAGCAGGUGGUGAAUUCAAAACCUACUCGUCUAUCUGAGUCCCUACCUGACACGCCUAAAUUCAACCUAGCACGUGAUAGGUUCCAUGCAAUCUUUGGAAAGAACAAUUUUGUUUACACCAUUCCAAAUAUCUACAAUUCUGAAAGUCCAAUUGAUCCGAACUUCCACUCCCUUGCGGGGUCCCAGUUCAUCUACAUGGACUUGGAACUUGCAUUUCCAGACUUUCAUAUCCUAUGUUGCAACUGCAAAUCCAAGGAUCUUACUCGGAAACGUGACUGUUACAGUCAAAACAAGACUCUUCUUCGAAUUGUUACUGACUCAAAUGAGACCUGGUGUCGCCCUUUCAAAUACAAAUGCAACAGAUGCAAGCAUGAAUUUGAGACUAAUGAGGGACCAUUUCUGGCAAACCUUCCAGCUUUCAUUCGCAACCAAUACCCAGUGGACCCACGAUAUGCAAAGAAGGGGAAUCACUGUCAUCUCUCUAAAUCGGCAAGUCGAAUAUUGGAAGAAGAGAUGCUGACACAUUCCAACGCACGCCAAUUUGUUUUGAAGAUGUUCCGAAGAAAGCACCAAUUCUAUCUUGAUAGAAUUGAAGACUAUCUCAGUAGGCCAACCAUUGGCGGCUCCUAUCCAGAAUUGCAGCAGGUGGUUCGAACAUAUGCGCCAUCCGAUCAAGAUUGCCGGGACCUAUACCUGCGGGCACAGGAUUCAACUCUCAAUCCAGAAGGAAUGGCAGCAAAUGAUCGAAACGAACGAAUUAUUCAAGCAACAACAAUUGAUGAGCUUCUUGCGAUUGAUCAUACCUUUGAGACUCUGAAAAACUAUAGACUAGAAGGUGGCAAAGCUAUUUUUACUGUCUUGAAUGAGAAGGCACAAAUUUGCAGCUUGGUCAUUGUUCCAACACAGAAGCUUUGUGAAAUUGAUCACAUGCUGAACAAGUUGCUGAAACGGAAAGGGAUGGACUUCAACGAUGGCAAACCCCGCGGACUCUACACUGAUACAUGGCCAAACGACAAGGACUACUGGGAGAAACGCCUUGGAUCAAACACAGAAGGAGCAUUGGGUCUGUUCCAUUUCAAUCAGCGACUCAUGAAGCAUCUAAAUUCGCAGCACAAACAUUUCUACCGCAUCAAAGACAGAUUCCAAAGGGCAAUCUAUAAUUAUAACCAAGAUGAUCUGCGUGCGUUGACGAAUGCAUUCAAGGAUGGACAUAUCAAGGAUAAAAAUGGCGAAACAUACACUCAAGAAGGAUUGGAUGAAUUAAGACUCUCAAAAAACUGGAAAAGGAACUACACCAAAUACCUAAGAAAGGAGAUUCCAAAUGGAGACCAAGUUGACAGGAACUUGAAUGAUUUUGAAGCCUGGCUUCUAGACUUUCUCAAGGCGAUUCCACAAGCUGAAGACCUCUUCACGUCUUCUCUACAGAAGUUCAGAGAGCAACUCGCAAAUAAUCGACAGCAUGCCAACCACAUCCAAGAUCCAGAAGGUAUUGAGAUGUACAGAGGCGUCCAACCAGGGAAGAAGGCACUCAUUCAAUUAGUCAAAUGGCUUUCCAAACGUCCAGAGAGCUUGAUUGAAAUGUUCCAUGGUCUUGUGCGCCACUUCGCCAAUACUGGAAUGCGACCAGAAAUGGCAGAUUCCCUAACUCUGCGAGGUGCUGCGGAAUAUAACUUGCAAAGGGAGCACAAGUUUCAGCAGAUGGAGAACAAUGACACUGAAGUUGAUUGUUGUUGGGAGCAUGUACCUCGAUACAAUCAGGAUCAACCUCUGUACUCCAAUCCUGCCUUUCUUCAUCAAGUAAAUGAGCUCGCAAAAGGAAAGAAUAAAGAGCCACCAUUUCCACACAUCAAAGCGAUGGCACCGAACAAUGGCGAAGUCUUCUUGUCAAAGUAUUUCAAACAACAAACAGAAAGGAACGAACUUCGAAAACCA